CCCUCGACAUACACCUCACACACAUCACCGUACCUUUGCUUCAUACCCCUUUCCCUACUUCAAUCCGUAACACUCUACGAUGGGUAACGACUACUACAAGCUCCUCGGUGUUUCGCGAGAUGCCAGCGAAGAUGACAUUAAGAAGGCGUACAAGAAGAUGGCUCUGAAGUGGCAUCCUGACCGUAACUCUGGCUCAGAAGAUGCCUCCAAGAAGUUCAAGGAGAUCUCCGAGGCCUUUGAAGUCCUCAGCGACAAGCAAAAACGAACUAUCUAUGACCAGUUCGGCGAGGAGGGCUUGAAGGGCGGCGGCGUACCACCACAGGGCGCGGGUGGUCCCGGAGGCGGCGGUUUCUCAGGCUUCAACGGCUUCCCGGGUGCCCAGACCUUCUCCUUCUCUACUGGCCCAGGAGGCAGCUUCAGUUCCGGAGGUCCAGGAGGCUUUUCACCAACAGACCCGAACAAGAUCUUCGAGCAGAUCUUCGGUAUGGGAGGACUCGGCGGCGGCAUGGGUGGGUUCGGUGGUGGCGGCCGAACUCGGGUGAGCAGUAUGUUUGCGCAAGACGACGACGACGACAUGUCGGGCAACUUCUUCGGGGGCAUGCCAGGCGGCAUGCCCCGCGGCGGCCGCGCCUCCCCCCGUCAACCGCGCGCCCCCGCUUCGCCAUCACAACCGUCCGAAAUCACGCGGCCGCUCAAGGUGUCGCUCGAGGACCUGUACUCGGGCGCGACGAAGCACCUGAAGGUCGGGCGGCGGCUGCUGAACGGCGGCACGGAGGAGAAGGUGCUCGAGAUCCAGAUCUCGCCCGGGUGGAAGAGCGGAACGAAGAUCCGCUUCCCGCGCGCGGGCAACGAGCAGCCGCACGGGGAGGCGCAGGACCUCGUGUUCGUCGUCGAGGAGAAGCCGCACGAGCGGUUCACGCGCGAGGGCAACGACCUCAUCGCGCGCGUGAGCAUCCCGCUCGUCGACGCGCUCACGGGCGCUGGCGGCAAGCAGAUUGUGGAGCACCUCGAUGGGCGGAAGAUCCAGGUCCCAGUGCCGUUUGGGAUCGUGAAGCCCGGGCAGGAGACGACGCUGCCGGGCGAGGGCAUGCCGAUCCGCAAGGACGGCAGUGCGAAGAAGAAGGGCGACCUGAUCGUCAAGUGGGACGUGGUCUUCCCUGAACGGCUCACACCCGCGCAGAAGGAGGGCAUUCGGAAGGUGCUGGCAUAGGACUCGGCGGACAUCCUCGCAUCUCAUACUUGUAGCAAUUGUAAUGUUGUACCAUAGCAUAGAACUAUACCCUUCUGCAUUCACCGUUGGGGGCCAUUCGCAAAGUACUAGUGUUCAG